AUGUGUGUGGGUGGUGUGGUGGGGGGGGGGGGGGAGUUUUAUGGGGGGGGUGGGGGGAGAGGGUGGGAGGGGGGUUGGGGUGGAAGGAAUAGGGGUGUAAUGGAGAAUGGUUGGGUGGGAGGUUGUGUGGGGGGGUGGUGUGGGUGGGAUGGGGUGGGGUUGGUUGGGGGGGGGGGGGGGGGGUUUUGGGGGGUAUGUUGGGUUGGUGGGGGGGGGGGGGGGGGGGGGUUUUGGGUGGUAUGUAGGUGGGUUGUUUGGGGUGGGGUGGGGUUUUUGGGGUAUUUUGGGGUGGAUGUAGGGGGGGGGGGGGGGGUUUGGGGGUUAUGA